AUGCUCGUGGGAAAGUCGGUCCCAGAACUCAUCCUCGUGCGGUCCAUGGUGAUCUUCUUCCAAUACCUUGGACUCGGCUGCUUCCUCUACUUUUGGUUCAUCUUCGCCAUAGCAGGCGUCCCCGGCAUUGCGCACCCCGUUUCCAUCGUCAUCGAGGUCGUCGGCGCCAUCGAAAUCCUCUUCUACCUGGUCUGGUUCAUCCCCUAUCGGAGCCGCCUACAGAAACCGGGGCCUCAACCAACGCCGCUGUCACGAGAUGAGCGUCGACGGUUCUUCUAUGAUGGCCUGGAUCAUGUGCCCGAUGUGGAACAGUACAUUCGGAAAUGGCACUGCAACGCCCAGCUCGGCGACAUACGGAGGGAGAACUUGAAGGACUGGUUGUUGUGGGCGCUGUUCGACAAGCAGGGCCAUCCGGCAGAGCACGAGGAGGAGCUCGAGGAAUACAUCGCCGAUGCCGAGGAGCGGGCCGGCGUCACCAUCAAGGGCGGCUUUGGAGAUUCCGCCCCGAUGCGCCUCAGCUUCGACCCCAUCGAGAUCACCCAUCGAAGCUUGUUGUUUUACCUUAUUACUGGCUCGCUCGACUUCUUCGCCACCCUCGUCCUCUUCAUCAGGGGCUUCAAGUUCUACCGUCAACCACGCAGCACCUUCUUUUCCGUCUUCCCCUGGCGGCCCAUGACCCUCCUCUCGCCCAACGAGUCCGCCGACCCGAGACUCAGCUACUUCUGCCGCCCACACACGUCCACGACCCAGCGUCCCAUUCUCUUCAUGCACGGCGUCGGCAUGGGCAUGCUCCCCUACCUCCUCUGGCUCUGGAGCAUCCCAAAGGACGUCGGCGUCCUCGCCAUUGAGAUCCUCCCCGUCUCCUCGCGCAUCUGCCCACCCUUGCAGACCACCAAGGAACUAGUCGAUGGCAUUGACGCCAUCAUCAUGCAGCAGGCUUACACCGACUUCGUCUUUGCCGGCCACUCCUUCGGCACCCUUCUCGCGUCGCCCUUGCUCAAGCGUCCCGACAUCGCCGCUAGGAUCAACUCGAUCGUCCUCAUCGACCCCGUCUCCCUGCUCCUCCACCUGCCCGCCGUGGCCUACAACUUCACCCGAAGGAGGCCAAGAUGGGGCAAUGAGUGGGAGAUCUGGCUCGUCGCCACAGACCCAAUGGUUGCGCACACGCUCGCCCGUCGGUUCCGCUGGCAGGAUUUCAUUCUGUGGACGCCGCAGCUUCAGGGCAAGCGCACGACGGUGGUGGUGGGCGGCGAGGACUGCGUGACGGACCCGAGCGCCGUAGCUAGCUACGUCUACUUUGGCGACCUCAACUACACCCGCCACGACAAGCUCGAGUGGGCUACGACGCCCGAACGAUGGACAGGCCGGGGAGAGCUGGAGCUGAUGUACCUCGACGGCAUGGACCACGGUCAGGCGUUCCUGAGCGUCAAGCACAUGCCGCAGAUCGGCAACGUCGUGUUGGCCUACACGCACCUCAAGGGGACCAUGGAAUCGAGACAAGCGGACGCAGCCAAAGAAGAAGAGCUGAACCAGAUAUGA